GGGCACGAGCGCAGAGCAGGACAACCGGUUCGCCGAUAAGCACAAGAAACUGCUGAAGCAAUUGAAGUUCAAUGAGGUUCUGGUCAACAAAGUGGACAUCAAGAAAGUCAAUUUGGAUGUCUUGCGGCCGUGGAUUCAGACGCGAAUCGCUGAGUUGCUGGAGAUGGAGGACGAGGUUGUGGUCGAAUAUGUCUUAAACCAAUUGCAGGCCGAAAAGGCGAUUGUUGUCAACUCGAUAGUCACUU